CUAUCCUGGCAAGGACAAUUUCCUCCUGAGAACAAACAUAUCCAUCAUGUCCGACCGCAAACAAUCAUCUGCUUCCGAGAAGCUCGAUGCCACCUUCGACAACCCCGCAAUUCUAGACGAAGGCAAGGGAGCCACUGCACAGUCGAUGCUCGAACCAGACGACGGAGGUGGGCAUCAGGUCCUUCGUGGCGACGAUUAUUCUACGCCGCGCAUGCAGCCCCAGCCCGUGCACGCGAUGAAGGGUAGAAGGGUCUCGCAUAUUCUACAUGAGAUGGCGGCGAAGACGCCAGACGAGUUGCUGCUUCUUUGAAUCUACACUUCUUUGAGUCUGCCGGUGUCAUGGAGCUUUGAGUGGGGGAGUGAAAAGCUGUUGCUCGCCUCUAAUAAUAGUCUAUCCAUCGUUUCUAUCAUUUGAUAUUGUUCAUCGAGCGGCGUGGUUUUGAUAUCUUCAUACGUCGUUACGUAGACUAGGUCGAUAUUGGAAAUAGCAAAUGGCGUG